AUGGCUUCCCUAAAGAAAGCCCAAGGCAGCCUGACUGAGGCCAUGGUGAUCCAACAUGUGGGCAACAGGGCGCGGGUGGGAGCCGAGCUGUUAGAAAGAACAGACAGCCGCUCUGAGGACAAGAAGCAGUCGCUGUUGGCAUUGCUGGUCUUGGUGCUAUACUUGGGCACUUGGAUAUCAGGAAGAAGUUGGGAGGUGUCAGAAAGGAUCAGAGGAUGUAACUACCCCGAAAAUACUGUGGCUACCCAGGGGCUUGAAUAUCAGACCAAUGAUGGCUCAGAAGUGCCAGUAAAGUUCAUCAGACACUGGUUGAAGGAGAACUUGCAUGUUCUCUUGGAAAAGCUGGAAGAAGAGCUGCGUGAGCUGGAGCAGCUGGUCCGGGACCUGGAGGAGUGGCUAGAUGCCAUCCUGGGAGAAGCAUACCUGGAAGAGCCCUGCUCCACCCUCAAAAAGCACUUGUGA